AUGUCCAACCAAGGUUACUACCAAGGUGGCCCUCAAUAUCCUCCGCAGAGCUACGGCGGCGGAUAUCCACCCCAAGGGCCACCUCCCCAGGGCUAUUACCAAGGGCCUCCUCCUAUGGGAUACCAACAAGCUCCUCCUCAACAGGUCAUUGUUCGCGAGAAGAAAGAUCGAGGAUGUUUGGUCUUGCCGCCCUCUGCUGCUGCUUCGUCUGUGAAGAAGGAUGUGAAUGUUGCGCCGACUGCUGCGAAUGUUUCGCUGAGUGUUGCUAAAAUGGCAACAUGA